UACAUUGGUUACAUCUGUGCUUAUGUUUGUAAGACAUCAAAAGCACUUUGACUUUUGCCUUCCGGCUUAAGCAAGGACUGUGGAAGAUCCUUCUCUCUAAGGAGAAGCCUCUGAUCCGUAGGGAGAAUGUUGUAUUUCACCUUGGCGUGGAGCUAAGCUGGACUCAUUUGAAAGUUGAUUCAGUAACUGUGAUAAGAUCCACCAAGCAUGACCUUAGCUUGUAACUGAGAAAAUAAACACGGGGAGACUUUCUUUACCUCAUUGUCCCACGUUCCCAUCUCCCUGCUGUACCUGUGGCAGCUCAUAGGGGACUGCAGUAGGAAUCCUUGCUUCACAGGGACUUCUGUUAAGACCUUCAUCUUCCUCUGUCCUGCUGUUAAUUUGUCUCAUUCCUGAGCUUCAAGUCAAUAUGUCGAAGAAAUCGGAGGCUCCUCUUUCUUUAGAUGACUGCCUCUGCCAGAUCUGCAUGGAGGUCUUUGUGGAGCCCGUGACCCUGCCCUGCAACCACACCAUCUGUAAUUCUUGUUUCCAGCUGACAGUUGAAAAUGCCAGUCUUUGUUGCCCUUUUUGUCGCCGUCGAGUCUCUUCUUGGGCACGAUAUAAUGCCCGUAGGAAUACUCUGAUCAACUGGGAGCUCUGGGAGAAGAUUCAGAAGAAAUAUCCAAAAGAAUGUGAGCGUAGAAUGAAUGGACAGGAUUUGGAAGAGGAAAUUUUUGUCCCCCAUCCACAACACCAGCUGAGCAAACCUGGGGAACUCAGACAGGAAUAUGAAGCCGAGGUUAGCAAGGUGGAGGCAGAAAGGCGAGCACAUGAACAGGAAGAGAACAAAGCGAGUGAGGAAUACAUUCAAAAGCUGCUGGCAGAAGAAGAGGAAGAGCACAGAUUGGCAGAAGAAAGACGGAAGGAGAUGGAGGAGCAGCUUAAACAAGACGAGAAGUUGGCAUGGCAGCUCAGUAACAGCUUGAAUGAAAGUUUGGGAGAACACACGCUCAGCAGCUCUUCACGAGGAGACAGCCUCUCACGUGAAUCACCCCCAGCGAGUCUGUGCAAGACGAAGAACAAACCAAGCAACUCUGGAGACAUUCAAAAGUAUCUGACUCCAAAGCAUCGUGACAAAUCGCGAUCAGCUUCACUCUCCAGAGCUACAGAGGGAGGCAGGACUGACCCUGGCUGUGUGAUCAGUAUCAAUGAAGGCAGCAGCACUGAGGGGCAAGAUGAGCAAGAGGAAAUGCCAGCGCUGUCCCCACAGCUGAGCGGUGUGACCAAAUGUUCCAGCGAUCAGGAUUUGUUUAUGCAGACAUACAUUAACUUUGUAAAUGCUUCAGCUUCGGAGAAGACCACGACUGUUGAGCAAAAAAAUGCACAUGAGUCAAACUGUCUGAGAGAUGAACUUCUAAAUACAACUUGUGGGUUUGCAGGAGGAGAAGGGGAUAGAGCAGUUCUUCCCAGAUCCAAAGGAGAAGAUGGAAUAGUGGUGGACAGUGACACUUUAACUCACGUAGAAAGCAGAAACCUUGAAAGCUGUGCUGAAACAAGUGCUUGUAUUCAGCCAGCAAUAAAUUCCACGUCUGAUGGCGAAAGUGUAAUAGGUGAUCACACAAAGAUGGCUGGAAAUGAAGAUGAAAGGGAACCGGAAAGUCUGCCAAACACUAAGGAGGCUCCCAAAAGAAAGUCUUCAGAACCACUGGCUGAAGCAGUGGUUGAUGCUGACUUGGAUAUGCUUGACAAGAAGAGAAGAACUUUCCCAGAAACUUUGGAGGAAGAAGCGGAGUGGAAAAGUGACUUUUAUUUGCAAAUGCAGAAAGCUUUUGAGCAGGAGCUCCAUGAAAGGCGCGUGCAAGAGGAGCAGGACAGGCUGCUGGCUCUGCAGCUGCAAAGGCAGUUCAACAAGGAGGAGAGGUUACUUAACCGACAGAAAGGAUCUCCAGAUGAAUACCUUCUUCGUGCCAAAACACCUCAAUCUGUGAAAGACUCUUCUAGAAAAGGAAGUUCUAAGAUGGCAAAGGACUCAAAACAAUCGAAAAAGCAGAGUGAAACAAAUCACCACAAGGGUCGGAAAGGUUCUUGCGAUGAAAACUGGCAGUCUCCUACCAGGGUCCGAAUGAAAUCACCCAGCAGUGGGAAAGUCUUGAAUUGUGUUGUUAACACCAAUGAUUCAAAUGAUGUUCAUUCAGUGCCUAAGAGAAGACAAAAGACAAUCCUUCAGAUGCUUAAAAGCCCUGAGUAGAACAGCAGAACCACAGGCACACGGUUACGUUAAUCGGAAUGAAAACCAUGGUAAUGUUUAUCCCUGUGUCAGGCCAGGCUUCAAUUAAAAAAGUUACGGAAUUGAUGGUUUUGAGGGUUGGGCCGCAAGAGUGACCAAAACUGACUAUUAAAAUGUACUGUGAAUGUUGUUGAGAAGUUUAAACACCUUACUCCUCUAGACCUUAAUAUUUAGUCCUUUCUCGACUAUAGCUUCUUUUCUAGGACUUGCAUUUUCAAGCUGUUUUUUUGUUGGUUUUUUUUUCACGCUGGAAAGUAAAUACUGUUAUUGUUUGAGAUUCAAAGUAACUGAUGGUCCUAGAACGAGAAUUCAGAGCCUUUGGUGGGGACUGUGUAAUCCCCAGAGGAAGCAAAGAAGUGUGUCUGUAUCUCUGGUUGUCUGACUGUGAGACUGAGGCUUUACGAGGCACAGGCACUGUUCUGUUAAACCAAAGGGUUGUGUUAAACUGAAGGACGUGACUGGAAUGUGGUUUAUUUGUUGAAUUGCAUUGUUUGCCUGGCAGUUAACAGGAUUGUAACCAGAUAAGCUAGUCUUGCAAAGGCAUUUUCCCUCUCUCGCAUCCUCUCACAGAGUAACCCCUUUCUUAGGCAAAGGGGAAAGAAAGGAUCAUUCUUCCACAGUCAGAGGCAGGGAUCUCUCAUAGAUGCCAAUGGCAGAAAUGGUUGUGGGCUCGCAUUUACUUCUGUUCAUUUUUGUUUUCUUGUUGUUGGCAGCCUGUAACUUACACAGUCUUGCCUGCAUUUACUGCUAUUUAACUUUCAUGUGCAAACUGACUCGAGUCUGAUUCUAAGCACCUAAUAUUCAAAAAUUAUUAGUGCAGGAGACAGUUAUGUUGGAGAAAGUAAAACCAAAAGGGGGAAAAGCCAUUCGAGUUAACAGUAUUGACUGUAUUUAACUUCCAGCUGGCGUUCAGCUGCUCUGCCUGGCUGUAACUGUUGCUCCGUUGUUAUUAUUUUCUGUCUUCCAGUUGAGUUUGAUAGUAAAAUAAUUCAAAAGAAUUUCAGUUUGGAUGUUCUGUGGAGCUGACAGCUCCAAGUUGAGGCCUUGGGAGCAGUUUGUGAGCUGCUAGUCAGCAGGUAGCGGCCCUGUUACAUAGUUCUCUAUUUUGCUAUUGUGGAGCCCAGCUUUUGGCUUUUCUUUGGAUGCAGCGAUAUAUUUCUCAAGUGUAUGUUGUUGGAUGAGUGCAGAACAGCAGCUGAAACCCGUGUGCCCUUUGCUGAAUAGCAGACGUUCAAGAAAGUGCACUUUGAGGUGUUGUGGAUGAUCCGUAGACUUGAACUCAGCUCUAGGAAACUUGUAACAGAUGUUUUUCACGUCACCUUGAUGGCACAUCUCUGCUAACGUUGGGUUCCUCCUCAAUAAGUGGAGAAUUCAAAGAGCCUUCUUGAGAAAGCUAUUACAGGUGACCUGCUGCAAAUAGUUCAUUAUCUCCCAUUGCUGCCUCAGUCGUAGCGCUGGAAGCCUGUUUGUUAUCGACCCCUUUCUGUGUAAUCCUUAUUUCAGUUUGCUUUCCUGUCACCCAGGCAAUCAGAUGGAAUCCGUUGUUGAUUACAGUGUUCUUCAAGGCAGAAGUACUGACUGCCUUCUGUGCUUAACAUACUUUUCCUGUCACGAUGAGCAUGCAAUAAGUAAACUCUAUUUCCAGAACAA